AAGAGAGCAAGUGUAUCAUCCAGAUGUCAGGCAACACUACCACAAUUAUAAACCCAAAACAGCCAAAGGAGAGCAAGAGCUUCAACUUUGACUAUUCGUAUUGGUCACAUACAACGCCAGAAGAUGUGAACUUUGCAUGCCAAAAGCAGGUUUAUAAAGACAUAGGGGAGGAAAUGCUUCUCCAUGCUUUUGAGGGAUACAACGUCUGUAUCUUUGCCUAUGGGCAAACUGGGGCCGGAAAGUCAUAUACCAUGAUGGGCAAGCAAGAGAAAGACCAAGAAGGCAUCAUCCCAUUGCUAUGUGAGGACCUGUUUACCAAGAUCACUGACAAUAAUGACAACAGCAUGUCAUACUCGGUUGAGGUCAGUUACAUGGAGAUCUACUGUGAGCGUGUGCGGGACCUUCUGAAUCCAAAGAACAAAGGGAAUCUGCGUGUGCGAGAGCAUCCUCUGAUGGGACCAUAUGUAGAGGACCUAUCAAAACUGGCCGUUACUUCCUACAAUGACAUACAGGACCUGAUGGACUCUGGAAACAAAGCAAGGACUGUGGCGGCCACUAACAUGAAUGAGACCAGCAGCCGUUCCCAUGCUGUGUUCAACAUCAUCUUCACACAGAAACGACAUGAUAGUGACACAGAAAACACAUCUGAAAAGGUCAGCAAAAUCAGCUUGGUAGACUUGGCAGGCAGUGAGAGGGCUGAUUCUACUGGAGCUAAAGGCACUAGACUCAAGGAAGGAGCCAAUAUCAACAAAUCUUUAACAACACUAGGCAAAGUUAUCUCUGCGCUGGCUGAAGUGGACUCUGCACCAAACAAGAACAAGAAGAAGAAGAAAGUUGAGAGCUUUAUUCCAUACAGAGAUUCAGUUCUGACAUGGCUGCUGAGGGAAAACCUCGGAGGAAAUUCGCGCACAGCUAUGGUAGCAGCUCUGAGCCCUGCUGAUAUUAACUAUGAUGAGACACUCAGCACGCUCAGGUACGCUGACCGAGCCAAGCAGAUCCGCUGCAACGCCGUCAUCAACGAAGACCCCAACAACCGCCUGGUGCGUGAGCUGAAGGAAGAGGUGGCACGUCUGAAGGAUCUGCUUUAUGCUCAGGGUCUUGGAGACAUCAUUGAGAACUUGUCCAAUUACAAGACUAAUCUCAAUAGCAUCCAGGCUGUCAAUCAAAGGGGUGAUUUCUCCACAGUGACCAAUGCCAUGACAGGGAUGAGCCCCUCGCCCUCUCUCUCUGCCCUGCCCAGCAGAGCUGGCUCCAUCAGCAGCCUGCAUGACCGGAUCAUGUUCAGCCCGGGAAGUGAGGAAGCCAUUGAGAGGCUGAAGGAAACUGAGAAGAUAAUCGCAGAACUCAACGAAACUUGGGAAGAGAAGCUUCGUCGCACUGAGGCCAUUAGAAUGGAAAGGGAGGCACUUUUGGCUGAAAUGGGUGUGGCGAUGAGGGAAGAUGGAGGAACCGUUGGAGUCUUUUCACCAAAGAAGACACCUCACCUGGUCAACCUCAAUGAAGAUCCACUGAUGUCCGAAUGCUUGUUGUAUUACAUUAAAGAUGGAAUCACCAAGGUUGGCCGCGAGGAUGCCAGCAGUCGGCAGGACAUUGUACUGAGCGGCCACUUCAUUAAAGACGAACACUGUAUCUUCACAAGUACUACAAAUGCGUCGGGAGAGGGUGCGGUGAUUAUGGAGCCCUGUGAGGAAGCAGAGACUUACGUUAAUGGGAAGAGAGUGACAGAGCCCACUAUUCUCAGAUCUGGUAACCGUAUCAUUAUGGGCAAAAGCCACGUGUUCCGUUUCAAUGACCCUGAGCAAGCACGGCAAGAGAGGGAGAGGACCCCAUGUGCAGACACACCUGUCGAGCCAGUGGACUGGGCCUUUGCCCAAAGAGAACUACUUGAUAAACAAGGCAUUGAUAUGAAACAAGAGAUGGAGCAGAGGUUACAGGAGCUGGAGGACCAGUACCGCAAGGAGAGAGAAGAAGCAAGCAACCUUCUGGAACAGCAGAGACUGGACUAUGAGAGUAAGCUGGAAGCUCUUCAGAGGCAGGUUGACUCCAGAUAUUACCCAGAAACCACAGAGGAAGAGGAGGAACCAGAAGAGGAAGUGCCGUGGACAAUGCGAGAGACAGAACUGGCCCUCUGGGCUUUCCGGAAAUGGCGAUUCUAUCAGUUCACCUCUCUCAGAGACCUGCUCUGGGGAAAUGCAAUUUUCCUCAAGGAGGCUAAUGCCAUUAGCGUGGAGCUAAAGAAAAAGGUUCAGUUUCAGUUUGUGCUACUAACGGACACACUGUACUCCCCACUGCCUCCUGACCUCCUGCCCCCCAGCAUAGCCAAAGACAGGGAGAAAAGGCUGUUCCCUCGCACCAUCGUAGCAGUAGAGGUUCAGGACCAGAAAAAUGGUGCCACACACUACUGGACCCUGGACAAACUCCGACAAAGACUGGAUAUGAUGAGAGAAAUGUAUGACCGAGCAGCAGAGGUGCCCAGUACUGCAGUCGAGGACUGUGAUCAUAUGAUGUCCGGUGGUGACCCUUUCUAUGACCGCUUUCCAUGGUUCCGCCUGGUUGGUCGGGCAUUUGUGUAUCUGAGUAAUCUGCUGUACCCUGUGCCAUUAGUGCACCGUGUGGCUAUUGUAAGUGAGAAAGGCGAGGUCAAGGGGUUCCUCCGUGUGGCAGUACAAGCCAUAUCAGCUGAUGAAGAGGCUCCUGAUUAUGGCUCAGGUGUGAGACAAUCAGGAACUGCCAAGAUCUCAUUUGAGGAUCAACAGUUUGAGAAGUUCCAGACAGAAACAUGCACCGGUGGGAUGUCUCACACAAACACAUCUCAAGAGGAGCUGCGCAUUGUUGAAGGAGAAGGACAAAACUCAGAGAUGGGUCUCAGUGCUGAUGAGGUCAACAACAACACCUGUGCAGCCUCUCCCGAUACUCCUAACAGUCCUCUGAAGUGUGGUCUGGAAUGUCCUCUUGAUGUGACUCAGGAAAAAUCACUCGAGCAUUUGAAAAUCGGCAGCAACUUCACCUUCAGGGUCACAGUGCUUCAAGCCUCUAGCAUCUCUGCUGAGUAUGCAGAUAUCUUCUGCCAGUUCAACUUUAUUCACAGGCAUGAUGAGGCAUUUUCCACUGAGCCAUUAAAGAAUACCGGCCGAGGGCCUCCACUGGGAUUCUACCAUGUACAAAAUAUAACCGUGGAGGUCACCAAGUCUUUUGUGGAAUACAUCAAAAGUCAGCCAAUCGUUUUUGAGGUGUUCGGCCACUACCAGAAACAGCCUUUCCCUCUGCUCUGUAAGGACUUAAUUAGUUCAUUACGUCCAACAAGAAGGCAGUUCCCUAGAGUUAUGCCUUUGUCAAAGCCAGUGCCCGCCACUAAACUGAGUACGCUGACACGCUCAACCGCUGGCCCCUGUCAUUGCAAAUAUGACCUAAUGGCAUUCUUUGAGAUCUGUGAGCUGGAGGCCAACGGAGACUACAUCCCAGCUGUUGUUGAUCACAGGGGUGGAAUGCCCUGCCACGGUACAUUCUUGUUGCACCAGGGCAUCCAAAGAAGAAUUACAGUGACUAUUGCCCAUGAAACUGGCAAUGAUAUUGAGUGGAAGGAGGUUAAAGAGCUCGUCAUAGGGCGUAUCCGUAACACACCCGAAGAACUGGCAAUGAUAUUGAGUGGAAGGAGGUUAAAGAGCUCGUCAUAGGGCGUAUCCGUAACACACCCGA